GUAUAUAUUUAGCCUCUUGCGCAGAAUUCAGCUUUUGUCCAGUUGUAAUCUUAUUGUUCAAUCUAAACUGGUAAAUUAAUCUUGUAAAUUACUCGCAUGCAUGCAGUCGUCAGAAUAAGUUAGUUAACCUGCUAAAAGUUUAACUGCUGAAUGGUUUACAGUGACUAAGGCCUCCGUGAAUAAAUAAUUAAUUAUAAGAGAAUACAUUUCCAGCCUUGACUGCAACGUCAUGACUCACGUUAAACAUUUUGGUCUUCCUCGAUAGCUUUCUGAAGUUGAAAAGCGUAUCAAAAACCGGUUUUUUUGGCAUCAAGUGUGAGAAUUUCGGGCCAUAAUGAACGGGCCAAACAAUGUUCAGUUACUAUGCAUUGCUGAUCCACAGGUAAGAAUGACAAUGCGAGCACUUGCUGCUAGUUUGGCUGAGGGAAAUAUUAAACAUUUUCAGUACGCUCUGAACUGGGGAGCUGAUCCGAAUGUACGGGACGAUCGCACUGGAUUUACAGUAUUCGAACAAACUUGUCAGAAAGAGGGUAGUGCGGAAUUCAUUUUGGAAUGUCUGAAAAAUGGAGCCAAUGUGCAAAUGCAAAACGCUAAUGGCAAGUAUCCAAUCCACUUUGCAACAUCAUCGCUAGAUCCCAACAAUAUUCUAGUGUUAUUGAAUAAUUCGACGGUUAACAUUGACGUGGCUUAUCAAGAUCGAACGUCUCUGCAUAUGCUGUUCGAGGUGAUAGAUCAAAACAACUGGAGUAACGUUUUUCUAUGCAUCAAAGUAUUGUUGAAAAAUGGAGCAGAUUUCAACAUUCCCAACGAUGAUAAUCGCACACCUCUUGGUGUGUUUGUAAAGAACUCGAAAAGUUGGAAAACGAAAUCAGAGUUUUGGAGAAAGGAGAUAUUGGAACAUUGUCUCCAACAUACGAGCGUAGACGUUGACUCGUUUAGAAAAGGUGAGCUUCGGAAUAAAAUAGUAGAGUAUUUCCCGGAUACUAUAAUUCCCUCCUACAUAAUGGAGACUAAUUUGGUGGUACUCAUGUCCAUGUUAAAGUCACACAAGGAUGCAAAGUUUGAUGUGGCUUACAAGCAAUAUAAGGAUAAGCACAAACAUGAUACAAGUGCGUGGAAACAAGACUUGAAAGAGCUAGUGAAGGCUGCCGUCCAUUCUGGAACGUUAGCAUCGGUGAAGAAACUCGUGGAAGAUGAUUUCGUAUUUGAUUCAGAUUCUGAACUACCAGAACUUCUAACCAGAUGUUGUAGUUACGGAAAUUACGAUGUACUAAAUUAUUUGCUGUCAAAGCUCGGGCACACGGAGACUGAUAUCAAACAAAUCAACAAAGAACCGCUUCUGUCACUGGUCAUUAAGGAAAUAAAUAUCCUCAAAAAUAAGGACAAAUGUCCAUUUUUUAAGUGCCUCAACUGCUUGCUGGGUGAUCAACGUAUUGAAAUCGAUAAAGCAGAUCAAAAAGGAUUCAGUGCACUCCAUUAUGCAGUCAAAUACAAAGUAGACGCGGCAGUGGAGUUACUCCUGAGAAAUUCUGCAUACAUUGGCAAACAGAACAUGUUCAAGGAAUUGCCAAUUUAUGAAAUGAGCCCAGAAGUGUUGGAAAACUACCUCGAUUCGUGCUUAACGGCCAAUGAGAAACGACCGGGAGAUGAUGCCUAUGAAAUCAAUAUUGAUUAUUCAUGUCUGGUUCCACCGGAGUAUAAAAAGAAUUACAGUGGCAACAAAACUAUCGCCACAAACUGUUUCGCGGAUGAAAUGUUACCAAUCAUGUACAUGUCAAAAUCAUCAGACUUGAAACACCUAUUGAAGCAUCCCGUCAUAUCAAGUUUUGUGUUGAUAAAGUGGCUAAGGCUGAGUCUUUACUUCUAUAUAAAUUUCUUGAUAUGCACCCUAUUCUUUCUGUCGUUUACUUGGUACGUUGUGGGUUGCUAUGGACAGGAUGAUGUCGAUCGUUUCCUCAAAGAGACAUUAAGAUGGUUGUCUUUAGUGGGUGCCACAUACAUGGCGCUGAGAGAACUUGGACAAAUGAUGCUACACAGGAAGAUGUACUUUAAGUCACUGGAGAACUGGAUGGAAAUAGUCUUAAUCCUUGCAUCAUACACAGUCCUUUUGAAGGAGGAUUUCGAAAGCGAAAUGAGGCAGGUUAUAUCUGCUAUCGUUAUUUUAUUAUCUGCCGUAGAAUUUACCCUACUGGUAGGAACGUUACCAGUCCUCUCGAUAUCUACACACAUGGUGAUGCUGAAGACGGUAUCUAAAAAUUUCCUGAAGAGCUUGGUAUUGUAUUCUAUAAUACUGAUUUCUUUCGCAUUUUGCUUCUACACAUUGUUCAAUGUGAGAACUCCGAAAAACGAUCAAGAUGCCUCUUCCACGGCAGCUGAAAAGAGUGCAAACGAAGAAGAAGAAGAAGAAGAUAAGUUCAAUACGUUCUCUGAUAUAAGAACUUCUCUAUUGAAAACGAUGGUUAUGUUGACUGGUGAAUUUGAAGCUGCAAACAUAAAAUUUGACACCAACAGCACCAGUUACCUCAUAUUUGUUCUAUUUAUAUUUUUUGUUGCCAUUGUGAUAUUCAAUCUGAUGAACGGUUUGGCCGUUAGUGAUACUGCGGCGAUCAAAGCUGAAGCUGAAUUAAUAGGACUGUCACAAAAAGUUGAUGUCAUCUCCAAGUACGAGAAUGCGUUAAAAACAACAGACAUCAAUGGAUAUCUUACCAAAGCCAUAUUCAACCUAUUUCCAUCCACAUUCCUUCAAUUGUUCCCGGAAUACUUACCCUUGCAUUACGUCAUCGUAAUGCCCAAUCAGUCUAACAUCAUACUCAUUCCACGACCGAGCAGCAAUGUCUUGUCAGCGUCUCGAACCGACGUAGAAAGUCACAUAGAGCUAUUGCCACUGGAUAAACAACCGGAGGAGAAGAUCAAGCUUACUAUUGGCUGCUGCGUCUUGCCUUCAUUCUCCCGAAUGGAUGGUAAAAUAUUGAAAUAUGCCAAGGAAAUUUUACAUUCUCGCAAUAGAAAGAACCAAUCGAUGGAAAAAGAUCAACUAUACGAAAUAAAAUUGGCAAAGAUGGAACGUGACAUUGGAAAAAUCCUUGCAUAUUUAAGCAAUUCCAAUUCAAAAUAGCAUAAUAUGUGUUUAUUUAUGAGCUGCCUAUAAAAUAAGGCACAUACUACGUAAUCAUGUAAAUUUCGGUGCUCUGAGACUGAAAUAUACAAGCUUCACUUAAGGCAUAACCACAGACAAACAGACAUAAAACAUUGAAUAUUUCUCACUGUAAAACAUCGUCGCUAAAACAUUACCGAUAUCUGUUAAGUACACUGUGGUAGGUAGUACGUUGAACAGAUGGCGGUAGUGUGUUAACGUCAAACGCAAGGGAAUUGACUAUGCGCGCCACAGGUGGCAGUACUACCAACUACGAUACUUUUAAAUUGUCUGUUAAAUGUUUGUUCGAUGAACAACUUGCGAGUGUUAUGUCUGUUUGUCUGUGGCAUAACAUUCAAGCAUUAAAGACGUGAAAUGCAGUUUUUUUUUAAAUUAUUUAUUAUGGUGAUUUUUAGCCACUUCUGGGCUAGAUGAAUCUAAGGUAUUUCUCCUGGAGUUGCAUAUUUUUCAGUCUCAGAGUGCUUAAUUAUACAUAACAUUCAAAGCGUUUUUUUUUUAAUAUUACUUCAUACGCGAAGUUUGCGAUUUUCAGAUUUGGUUGGAAAUGUUAUCUAACAUGAAGCUUUAGUGGGAUAAUUUAGUAACAAGAGAAUGGUCUUA